AUGGAACAAGUGGAGAGCAGGAGAAGACGGAUGGAGUCACGAGCACCUGGUGGAACGCAAUCGACUUCGAUGAAUCCUACGCAGACGGAGCAGGGGGAAAGGAUAGAAGGAGGAGUAGUAGAAGGAGGUGGAAAGGAAAGUCAGGUGGUGGAUGAGGAGAAUGGAAAGGGAGAGGAGGUGAGAGAGGGAAGUGGAGAUCAAUCAGAGAGUGAAGAGUUGAUGAAAGAGGACAUUCAAAGAGAGAUUCAAAAGAAGAAUGGAGGGAAGAAGAAAGGAGGUGUGAAAGGAAAGGAGAAGAAAGAGACGUCAUCAAGUGGGUCCGAAAGUGAUGAGGGUUGGUUAAGAAAGGUGAAGGAUUACGGGAUGUUAGUGGAGAAAGAUAAUCGCCCGACUGAGGAGCGGUCGAACAAUAAGAAGGAGAAGAGGGGUAAACCAGACGGUAGACCUCUCCUGGAUCGAAAUGGUGGAGAAGAGAAAGGAAGAGGAGGUGGAUGUGAAAGAUGGAGAAGGGAGGAAGAAAGAAGGAAGGAUGGGGAAGGAGAAGAAAGAAGGAAAGUCGAAGUCAUCGAAGAAGAAGAAGUCAGGAAGGGGGAGGAGUAG